GGUAUGGAGGGAAACAAUAUAAUGAUUCUGUUGUUCCUCCGUCUGAUGUCACGAAGUGAAACUUAACGUUCGAGGAAAUGCAAGGUGGAAAGCGAAACAAUAAAACCGAGUAGAAGAGUCUCAAAACGAAUUACUCUCGGACACUGGAGGUUGCAGGCUUCAUAGUCUUUCUAAACGGACCUCUAGGUUGUUUCUGCGGACAGAAAAGAUUCUCUGACCAGAAUUCCAAGCUGUUCCAUUUUUGACAAAAAUGGAAAACCCUAAUAUCACUACAAAUGCAUCAGAUGGCUCUGGAGACAAGGUAGAUGAUGGAAUCGAUGAAGUCAAUGAUUCACAUGGACAUGCUGCCACUGCAACCAGCAGUGAUCUCCAACAUGACACAGGAAAUGGAGCGGAGGCAGGUAGCCUGGUUUCAUCUGAUAGACAAGAAGAUGAAGGAGACGAAUCUGCUCCUCCUCCCACUGACCAAGAAAAGCAAGAUUAUUCCAGAACUGCAGAUUUGUCUCAUGCUCCGAAAGGUGAUCAACCUCCUGUGGGUUCUUCUGAUGAUAAUGAUCAGACUGGUAGCCUGGUUUCAUCUGAUAGACAAGAAGAUGAAGGAGACAAAUCGGCUCCUCCUCCCACUGACCAAGAAAAGCAAGAUUAUUCCAGAACUCCAGAUUUGUCUAAGGCACCUAAAGCUGAUCAGCCGCCUGUGGGUUCUUCUGAUGAUACUGAUCAGACUGAUAGCCUGGUUUCAUUUGAUAGCCAAGCCAAGCUAAGCCAAGAUGAAGGACACAAAACAGCUCCCCCUCCCACUGUCCAAGAAAAGCAAGAGAACUCCGGACUUGCAUAUUUGUCUAAUGCUCCUAAAGGUGAUCAACCUCCUGUGGGUUCUUCUGAUGAUAAUGAUCAGACUGAUAGCCUGGUUUCAUCUGAUAGACAAGAAGAUGAAGGAGACAAAUCGGCUCCUCCUCCCACUGACCAAGAAAAGCAAGAUUAUUCCCGAACUGCAGAUUUGUCUCAGAGCCGGGUUUCAUCUGAUUUAGAAGCCAAACCAAGCCAAGGACGCAAAACAGCUCACCCUCCCACUGUCCAAGAAAAGCAAGAUUUGUCCAGUCAUUUGCCUAUGAUAAUGGUAGUUUUAGGGAUUUCUGUCAUUAUCGGUUUAUGUGUCUACUUCAAUGGCUCCAAUGCCCGACCCGACCCAAGGGAGGACAGUGUUGACAUCUUUCGCAGAGAAUUUGAUAAGAUGAAACCCGCUUUCCCCGGCCAGAGGCCGGAGCUCUGGAAGCGCAGUAGAAUCCACCUGGAGGAGCACCUGCAGAUGGCGAGCCCCACGGAGCCGGUCAGCAUGAUCCUGACCUCGGGGCGCAGGGCUGAGAGGACGCUGCACUGCCUGGCCAGCCGCAUGGCCGCAGCCUUCUCCUCGGCCCUGGGAGCCUCCGUGCUCCACAUAGACGGGGCCAGCAGAGCCUCGCUGGAAAGUGACCAGGUCAAGAUGGACAUCGACGAGCAGCUGACCGAGGCCUUCGAAGGCGACCGGAGGGCAGCGGUCGUCCAUCGGUUCGAGGAGCUGCCCCCGGGUUCCACGCUCAUUUUCUACAGAUACUGCGACCACGAGAACGCAGCCUACAAAGGAACUUUUCUGACCUUCACUGUUCUGCUGCAGGAGGAUGAGCUCAAAUCACAUCUGAGCCUGAAUACCGUAGAGGAGAUUGUGCAGGAACACCUUCAGGACAAGUUCCUUUUCUCCACUCAUCCAGCCGGUUUUGACAAGAUGGACGUGGAUAAAUUAAGUGGACUGUGGAGUCGAAUCUCACAUCUCAUCCUGCCUGUGGCUGCGGAGGAGUCCAUUGAAAAGCACGGCUGCAACAUUUAAGCACUUCAGGCAUAGAAACAUAUGCACUGGAACGUCUAUACACUGACUCUGUGUUUUGGCCUGGUGCUUUUUGUGCAGGUCUAAGAAAUUAUGGUUUGAGCAAGAUAUAUCCCCUUGGUGUUCAAAUUCUUGAAAUGUUUUCCAAUUUUACUGGAUAAAAGAGAAAUUGAAAAUAAAAUGUAUUUAAGAAAUUAAGCAGUCACCAAGAGGCAUGUUGAGAGAAUUAUUACGUGUAACUUUUGUAAUUUAAACUACAGUUAUCUGCUUCUAAACUUUUGUACUCAGACAAUGUUGUCUAACAGUUUAUGUUGGGGUACAAAAAAAGAAUAGACCCACACUACUCCCAGUUAUUUAAUACUAGUGAUCAUUUUGACCUCCAGUCCUGCAUCUGGUUACUAGCAACGCUGAGGUAACCCGACGUUUCCAGUCGUUAACCGACAGUGAAUCAGAAAGGUGGGCGUCUACGUUAUAGCCAUUCAUCAGAUUGAAUUAGUUACCCUGCUCCUGUACAUAUUGUUGGAUGUGCAUUUGUUAAUUUCCUUCUAUGAAUAAAGAUUUGUGCCUUCCACUUGCAAAUCUGUGCAGUCCAGUCGUUUUGGAUGCUAGUAUUGCAUUCACGAGUAGAUAAACCUGUAUUCGCAUCCGUUUGACAGCAGCUUGUUUCCCAUGCAAAGAACAAACUAUCGCCUAUGAAAUGCUAAUAUGAAAUAUGAAACAUGGCACUACAUAUUUGCAAUUUGCGAAUACAAAUAAUUUACUGCCUCUGUACUGGAUUGCAUACAUUUGCAUUGCACAUUUGUUUUGUCUGCAACCUGAUGCUAAGAUAAGGAAUGGAUUCUACUAGGGCUAGGCUGUUAUGUUGCGACAUUUCGUUCAAAUAAUUUUAAUUUUCUGAAACUAUUUUAAUGAAUACAAUGGCAGACUGUUUGAUUGAUACGUGAUGCAAUGUUCUGUGGUCAGAUGCGACAUACUGUAAAUUGAUCUUCACAGACAUGCUAAUUGUAAAUAUAUUUGGUGCAGAUCUGUUUUGCUGUAAA